AUGUUUAUAUAUCUAACCACAUUCUUGCUGGAUGGAAGAAGUCCCAGAUCGGUCAGGCAAUCUACAAUGGAAGUUCUCAAAGCUUACUAUCAGCCUAUUCAGCCCAGCCCUCGUCAUCUGGAAAGUCCGAUCAAAAAGCAUGGAUCUCAAAAUGUCAUUUCAGUAGAUCUUGACUUGAAGCAUUCUUUGAAACAUUCAAGACCGAUUGUAGGGAUAUCGAUCUUGAAAAGGCUCUUGGAGACUUGGGCUCAUCGUGAAGAAGAACGCGAGGUUCUUCAUGUCUUCAAAGUUUAUUUGGAUCGCUUCAAAGACGCUGUUGAAGAUAGUGAGAAAGGUAACAGUGAAUCGUAUCUUUCGGCAGGAGCAAACGCGGUUGAUUACAUCGUCUUUGGUCACUUGUUAAGACUAGCUAUUCCCCUCGGCCUCUGUACGGUUGACCAAUACAAUCUCGCGCUCUUGCUGAGAUGUAGUAGGGAUAUGAUCAGCUUAUUGGAAAGGUAUCCAACCCUCUUGAAAGUGUGCGGAUUGGAUUCGACCAUGACUAGUACACAAUUGUCUGCGACUGUUCAAGGUCUUCCAGAUGAUGGGAAGGGUCUUGGAGGUAAGAUUGCUCCGACUUUUUGCCCUUCACCCACCUCACAAACCACAAAAACCUAA